AUGCAAGCGGCGCGGGGCGGCGCGGGGUGGCCGGGCCGCGGACCGGAGCGCGAGCGCCAGAGACCGCCGGGCACCGGAGCCGCGUCCCCCUGCGCCGCCCCGGGCCGGCUGGCCGGAGCCGCCGCCAUGCACCCCGGGCCGCCCCGCGCCGCACUCCGCCUGUGGCUGGGCUGCGUCUGCCUCGCGCUCGUGCAGGCGGACAGCCCCUCUGCCCCAGUGAAUGUCACUGUCAGGCACCUCAAGGCCAACUCCGCCGUGGUGAGCUGGGAUGUCCUGGAGGAUGAGGUUGUCAUCGGAUUUGCCAUCUCUCAGCAGAAGAAGGACGUGCGGAUGCUGCGCUUCAUCCAGGAGGUGAACACCACCACCCGCUCGUGCGCCCUCUGGGACCUGGAGGAGGACACGGAGUACAUUGUGCACGUGCAGGCCAUCUCCAUUCAGGGCCAGAGUCCGGCUAGCGAGCCAGUGCUCUUCAAGACACCGCGCGAGGCUGAGAAGAUGACCUCCAAGAACAAAGACGAGGUGACCAUGAAGGAGAUGGGGAAGAACCAGCAGCUGCAGACAGGCGAGGUGCUGAUCAUCGUUGUGGUCCUGUUCAUGUGGGCCGGCGUCAUUGUUCUCUUCUGCCGCCAGUAUGACAUUAUCAAGGACAACGAACCCAAUAACAACAAGGAAAAAGCCAAGAGUGCGUCAGAAACCAGCACGCCAGAGCACCAAGGCGGGGGUCUUCUCCGCAGCAAGAUAUGAAACCUUUUCAGUGCUGGCUCUGAGCGGCUCAGAAGACAGACAGUAGAGGAUGUGAGAGGAUCUCAUGGUUCUGACGAUGAUUAUCCAACAAACAUCUGGCCCUCUCUACAUUUCCUCCUCCUCGCAUCUCCUUACACCCUCUGGCUUACCGUCCUGUCUCUUGGCUUCUCUCUCUCUGGCACAUUUUCCUGAAGCCUCUUAUUAACCCCCAUCUCCAGAAGCACCUCAACAAUGUCUGUGGCUGAGGCUGUACUGAGAGGCAGAUCUGCAGGAUGUGAGAACCAGCCAGCAGGAUGGCUCUGCUGGGGGUGGACCGGGUACCAGGCAUGGUGGGUCCAGGACCCAGGCUUGGCCAUUCUUCUGAGUGAGGCUGAAGGCUGGGUUUGGAAAGGCAGAGACAAGACAUCCAGGCAGGGCUACUCCUUUCCCUCCACGCGGGAUAAGAGCCUUGCAUUUAGGCCGCAGCCCUGCUGCUCCCUUCCUUCUCGUGUUCUCUCUGUUUCCGACCUCACAAGAAGUCUGUUCGAUUAGCCCUGGCCGCUUCUCUCUUUUUUCCUCCCAGUUUCCAAACAAGCUCUCAGUGAACAUCAUCAAAGCGUGACUGCCUGUCUGCAGGGAGAAGGAUUUCAUUUUUCUUCUCUGCUGGUCCCCAGGUCCACAGGCACAGGGAGAGCGAGGACUGCGGUGGGGGGAGGUGCAGCUAGCUGCACAGUUCUCUCUCCCCCCAUGUCCAAGGCUGGUGAAGGAGACUGAACUACAAACCCAAAUUCUGCAAAAAAUAAAUAAGCCACACUACUCAAAGGCCUGGCCCCAUUCUGGAAAAGGCAAAGCUGCAUGAGACGCAGCCUUCUUUCUGCGUCCUCUCGUCUCCUGGACUGGCUUCCUCCCUGAGAAGAUGCACAAAGCUCCUGGGAGGUGACAGGGACCUGGACUGACCGAAGCUGUCUUUCAGACCAAGAACCAUCAGGGAAGCCAUGGGGCUGCCUCCAGGGGCUGCCCGCCGGCAGGGCCAUGGCUGCCAUCAAGCCUUUUCUGGAUUCAGCCAUCAAGGACUUGCUUGUGGUGUGGUGCACAAUUUUGUGAGUGUGUGAGAUGUUAUCUGUUUUGUCUCUUGGGAAACACAGUCGACGGGCUCCACUCCGGAGGGCGGAGGGAUUCCCCGAGCUGGUUGCCUGUAUCCUGUCUUCUUUGGCCCUUAUUUUGACUGUAAAACCAUCAGUCUGAGGUUUUAAGGAGGAAAAGGAGGAAAGACACCUGGAGGUACGGGCCCCAUUUCUCUUUAGGAAAAGUCUCUCUGAGUUGUUACGAAGCUAGCUUGGACAACUGAAAAGGUAUGUUCCCAUGGGACAUCCUGAGGGCUGCUAAGUCCCUCACGCUGUAGUGGAAGCUGCUGGAAGGCAGGCCUGACCUCUGGGGUCUUCGUAUCUUGCCGUCCCAUCCAGGGUUCUGUGAAAGCUACCCAGGGUCCUCAUGUCCUUCCCUAGAGCCUGUGUGGUGUGAGGUGACAGGUGUCUCUCCACUGCCCCUUUCUGGUUUAAAAAAAAAAAAAAUGGUGCUUGAUAAGGGAAGACAGACUCUUCCCUAGACAAGUUGUGGCUGCUGGGUGCCUGCACGGGAAGAGAUGGACGGACCCUGCAUCUUCCAGGAGAGGCUAAGGACAGGCGUGUGGGAGGACGGUGCCCAGCACAAGCCUGGUGCACGGUAGGUGCUCCGUGAAGACGUGUUGACCUGAGUAAGAGCAAUAUCCCCCAAGCCAGAGAGCUGAAAGCCAUCACCCGGCGACCACCCCUUCCUUCCUGUCUACAAAAGCUCUCCUGGCUGGGCCAGCCACCAGUCUGCUUUGCCCAAGUGUGGAGCAUAGGGAGGGAGGAGAGACAGGGUAAACGGCAGAUGUCAGCAGUACUAAGGGCUUCCUCAUGGGAGGGCAUGAGGCUUCACUCAUUGUCUUGUGACUUCCAUCCCUGCUGAAUGGGGCUGCAAGGCCAAGGCUCCUUAGGGGAGAGGUCCUUACCUCUGAUCCAGUUAGAGCAAU